UGCGCCAACAUCACCAGCUGUCAACGGUUGUAACCUCGAGAGCCAGCAGCGAGAUCGUAUCCAUCUAUAUACACCAUGGCAGAAGACAUCAUAGCCGACGAAGAACCGUCGUACAUCGACUACGAGACCUUCCUCGACCCUGAUUUCUCCCCCGCUUCCUUUGCGAAUACGCUCGUUGUUUCGACCAAUAACCCUAACGAUACACCCCUCGACCUCUCUACGCCCCUAUCUCGUGUUCUCUUCGAUGCUCAAGAGAUUGACUCGCAUAUAGAUGUCUUGACGACCCGCUCGGCCGUCCCAUUGCUCAAUUAUACUCAGGAACAGACACAAGCAUCCAAAAAAAUUGUCGGUGAAUUGGAUGGCCAGAUCCAGAGCUUGAACGACAGCUACCGCCAGCUUGAGAAGGAGGUCAUUGAUAAACAUGCUGAAGCAGAUGAGGUCCGACUCGUCGCUCUGCGGCUAUGGGAGACUCUGAAGCUUGGUCGCUCGGUUGGACGAUGCUUACAGCUUGGUCGACAGCUUGAGGUUCAGCAUUCGGAGCUUGACAGCGGAACCGGCAAGGAGGACCAUCGGGCAUUGGUACGCUGUGCUUACACAAUUCUGUCACUACGAGAAGUUCUUGAUCGUAAAGCUCCCGGUGAAGAAGGCUUUGGACUCAACCGUGUGGACGCCGUCAAGAGUCUGCAGGAUACAGUCAUAACUCCCAUCGAUCGAUCAGUCCGCGAGCGGGCGGAGCGCACCAUUCGCGAAUUCUCCGUGCAGCCAACAUCGACCUUUGCACAAGUUGAAGAGAUCAAGGCGCGGACAGCAUCUGCUUUGACCGCACUCUACCUGCUAUCACCAACCACCGGUUUCAAGCCCGACAAAUGGGUCCCAAGGCUGCUGCUUCAGUCUUUGGAAACCUAUAUACGAUCGGCACUACAAGCAAGCAUUACGGCAUUAUCUCGUUCUCUGGGCCAACUACCAACACUGGAUAAGGCCUUGGCUGAUGUUAUCGCCAAGUGUCAAAACGUAGUUUCUCUUGAGGCUGUCCUCGAGACUAUAAAGCCACCAGCCCACCCUCUUCUCCCCACCUCCAGCCAACCGACCCAAUCGAGCUUACUCCAGUUCCUUCUCGCACAUCUUGAGACUGGAAGCCUAGCCUCAUUCUUCUGGAGGACCAUGGCUAGCAGUCUCGCUACGCGUGUGCAGGAUAUCAUGAAUCGUGGAGGUGUCGUAGCUAGAACCCUACGAACGAAUAAGAACACGGUUGGAGACGCAAUCCGCCAGGCCGUUGUCAAGGGAUCUCAGUUACACAGCGCAUUGACGGGAUCAAAGGCUAGAACGAAGACGGAAGUGAAUUGGGACCGAGAGGUCGCUGUGAUGGUGGGAAGUGUAGUGAACAAUCUUCGAUAAACUUGGCAGAUCAAAAGCAUAGCAGCGAUCAGGGCAUCACGAGGUCCUCAGCUUGUUUGGAUAUUCGUACUGUUAAUGAAUGUGGAUUUGUCUAUGUGAUUCACCUGGACCAAGCAUAUCUGAGUUGUGAUUCAAGCUUGUCGAACCUGUAUCUGGUUCAUGUUCUAAUAAUAAAAGAUCGUCAGGUCGCAUUCA